AUGAACGGCCAACCUAGCAACCGCCCUAGUCGCAGCAUUAUGCCUGCUGUGAUUGCUCGUACGAAGGAGCAAAUCCAUGGCGAUGAGGAGGCUGGCACUGAGCUCAAGCUCGGAGAAUUCCAGAACGUGACUUCGUUGACACAUUCCGAAGCGCGACUCUUGAUCCAAGCAGUUUUAAGCCACCGUGCAAAGGGUCCCAAUGCUGAUAUUGGGGAGACUGAGGUCCUUAUCAAGACCAAAGACUACCUUGAACAAUUUGCGCGUUUCAAGAAGAAGGAAAAUGUCUCUGCAGUCGAAAGAUUGCUACAGAUGGAAGGUGGACUCGCUUCCUUUGAAAAGUCGCAACUAGGAACUCUCUGCUGCGAAACUUCUGAAGAAGCGAAGACUCUUAUUCCAAGCAUAUCGGAUAAGAAAUCAGAUGAGGACUUACAGGAGCUUCUUGAUGAGAUCACCAAGUUCCGUACAUUUGUCGAGUGA